CCCCCCGAAUGGGAGGAGCAGGUAGUGCGUUGGGCUUCCUUCCUUCGGAAGAAAUGGGUCCCUGUGACGGGUAUGAUGGUUCAUAUUUAUGCUAAAGCUUGCUAUCUCAGUUUAGCUCUGCCGGUUGAUAAGUUCGCAGCGUCCCAAACGUGGAGGUUGGUUUUCCUUCUCUGCAACAAGUUUUCAAUGCGCCAGAGCCAGAACAGACCGGAGACGGCAGUCGCACAAGCAGAAAAAAAAAUGGUGGGUAAGGGAAGGAAAAUAUGUCAAAGCUUGGUGAAGGCCAGGUUUUAA